CCAACUGAGCUGAUAAGGUGGCCCCUCCUUGGGAGGAUUUUUAAGCUACUUUUUGGUCUGUUACCCUAGAAGAAGACCGGGGAAAGUGGUGCCGAAAAGGGGAAGCCACCAGGCCAGCUGGGGCAGAAGGUCAACUCCUCGCCUUCGCAUACACCUCCACCCUGACAGAUGUCCCUGUCUCCGGAGCCUCGACUUCCCAGGCACAGAAUGGAGGCUCUCACCGCUGUCCCCUGUCCUCCGAGUUGUGUUCACUUAAGACGUCAGAUCUGUUGCUCGUUUGCUUGUGCUCCUUCCCCUCGGAGGAAAACUUCUGUAAGUACACCCUGCCCGGUUGGAUUCAGAGGAGGGAAACCACACUACCCAGAAGGCAUCUGAGACCAAUGACGGCCAAGAACAGGGGCGCUUCCUGCGGCUCACGUACGUGGGCGGGACUUCCGGGUUUUUCACUACCGCCGCCAUUUGCCUCAGCGGUUCGCCCUGGGACGGCCUUGACCCGCGGCGGGCUGUGCCGGCGCCGCUCCUUAGGCCUUUCGUGGGGAGCGAGCGGAGAAGGAGGCGCUUCGCAGGGGCUGCGACUCCCUGUAGCGGGUGUGCCCCUGGCCGCUCGCCGGGCCGCGGCCUCCCGGCCGCCCUCGAACCCCGGAGUCGUCGAGGGCGGCGCCCCGAGUCGUGGUGCCUUUUACGCGGCGGCCUCCCGGGCGCUCGCCUCUCCCCGCCUUACUCGACCCGCGGGGCCCACGAUGGCGGCGCCGCCGACCGGCCUGACGCAGGUAUCAGUGACCUUCGACGAUGUGGCCGUGACUUUUACCCAGGAGGAGUGGGGGCAGCUGGACCCGGCCCAGAGGAUCCUGUACCAGGAGGUGAUGCUGGAAAACUGUGGACUUCUGGUGUCUCUGGGGUGUCCUGUUCCUCGACCGGAGCUGAUCUGCCAGCUGGAGCGCGGGCAGCAGCUGUGGACGGCGAAGAGAGACCCGUCCCGGAGCACCUAUCCAGGUGACCAGGACAAACCCAAGACCACAGAACCUACAGCUGGUGAGCCAGCCCUGCCUGAGGGGGCCUCAUUCCAGGAACUAAGACGGGGUGACCCAGGGAACUACCAGUGGGGCCAAACUAAGGAUCGGGACGGACCGUCAGAAAUGCAGGAAGGACACUUGAGACCAGGGUUUGAACCCCAGAAGGAGAAGCUCCCUGAGAAAAUGAGUCUUGGAUAUGAUGGCUUAGGGACAGCUGAUGGUGCGUGUUCACGGAUUGCACGGGACCUGAUCCCUCCGGGCAGUGCUGACCGUGACCGUGACUCAUGUGGAUCAGAGAAAGAUCCCAUGAUUCAAGAAGAGGAAAAUGCCUUUAAGUGCAAUGAAUGCGGGAAAACUUUUAAUAAGAAGCACCUUCUUGCUGGACAUGAAAAGAUUCACUCUGGCGUGAAGCCCUAUGAAUGCACCGAGUGCGGGAAAACCUUUAUCAAGAGCACACACCUCCUGCAGCACCACAUGAUCCACACCGGGGAGAGGCCCUACGAGUGCAUGGAGUGCGGGAAGGCCUUCAACCGCAAGUCCUACCUUACCCAGCACCAGCGGAUUCACAGUGGGGAGAAGCCUUAUAAGUGCAGCGAGUGUGGAAAGGCCUUCACCCACCGCUCCAAUUUUGUCCUGCAUAAGAGGAGACACGCUGGAGAGAAACCCUUUGUGUGCAAAGAGUGCGGGCAGGUCUUUCGACACCGGCCGGGUUUCCUUCGACAUCACAUCAUCCACACCGGCGAGAACCCCUAUGAGUGCUUCGAGUGUGGCAAGGUCUUCAAACACAGGUCCUACCUCAUGUGGCACCAGCAGACUCACACGGGGGAGAAGCCCUACGAGUGCAGCGAGUGCGGGAAGGCCUUCUGCGAGAGCGCGGCCCUCAUCCACCACUACGUCAUCCACACGGGGGAGAAGCCCUUCGAGUGCCUGGAGUGCGGGAAGGCCUUCAACCACAGGUCCUACCUCAAGCGGCACCAGAGGAUCCACACCGGGGAGAAGCCCUUUGUGUGCACCGAGUGUGGAAGGGCCUUCACCCACUGCUCCACUUUCAUCUUGCACAAAAGGGCCCACACCGGAGAAAAGCCUUUUGAGUGCAAAGAAUGUGGGAAAGCCUUCAGCACUAGGAAGGACCUCAUCCGACACUUCAGCAUCCACACCGGGGAGAAGCCCUUUGAGUGCUCUGAGUGCGGGAAGGCCUUCAACCGCCGCUCGGGGCUCACGAGGCACCAGCGGAUUCACAGCGGAGAGAAGCCCUAUGAGUGCAUGGAGUGCGGCAAAUCGUUCUGCUGGAGCACGAACCUCAUCAGGCACGCCAUCAUCCACACCGGGGAGAAGCCCUAUAAGUGCGGCGAGUGCGGAAAGGCCUUCAGUCGCAGCUCCUCCCUCACUCAGCAUCAGAGGAUUCAUGCUGGGAGACACCCCGUCAGCGUCGGCGCCGCAGAAGUGGGGAGACCCUUCGCGAGCGGGCAGUCCUCCGUCACCCUGCGAGAACUCCUUCUGGGGAAAGACUUCUUGAAUGUAACCACUGAGCAAAACCUUUUGCCAGAGAAAACCUCUACCGUGGCAUCUGAUCGAACCUACCAAAGAGAAACCCCGCAGGAAACCCGACAAAUGCGCUGGGCCAUGCUUUCUCUGUCGCUGCCGCCGCCUCCCAAGCCAACCUGCUGCUUCCCCCCGCUCCCCACGCUCCUCUGUGGUAUGUCUGGGAGAAUAGGUGGUUAGACAGGAGCUGGAGGCAGGGGUGGUGAUAGGUAGGUUACACAUGACAAGCAGGGUGUCUCAGCUCCCUGACUGCCUCCCAGCCCCCCAGGGAUGACAGACCAGGGGCCCUGGGUGCAGAGCAGCUCCCAGGUCAUAAUGCAUUUGCACUGCAGUUUGGCCCCCUCUGCCAUGGGGAAGGCUGGCAAGACGGUUCAGGAAGGAACACUGUAGGGUCAAAGACCCCCUCCCGACGAGGGGGGGUCCCCCCAAGUAAUUGGAAGUAGUGUCUACGAGAGUCCGCUCCAGCCAUGACCCAAGACCCCACUUACAUGAAGAGAAAAGACCCCUGUAGCCUCAGGGCAGUGCCUCAUUCUCCCACCUUGAGAAGGCACUGUCCUUAAUAACCAGCUUUGUGCUUUACUACUUUCCUUCUGGCUGGUUUUAUCUGAGAGCAGAUCCUCACAUAAACCUUCCGUUGUGAAUCCGAGAACCGAGCCCUCCAUCCACGCCACGCAGAACCUCCCUAACGUGGGUAACAUGCCCUAACCCCCAGCUGUUAGGGAUGCGAGCAUAAACUUCUCACUUGGUCACAGUCCCUUCCAGAUCUGCUGCCUUACCACACCUGAGGAAACAAAUCCCAGGUACAUUUUAGAACACAGUCUGGAGCGAAUUAAAACCUCCUUACAAAGGCUGACCGGGUUCUACACAAUUUGUCUCCAUUUACCUAACUCCCCAGGUCCCACCUGAAUCCCUGCAAUGCAGCUCUAGCUCCACAAGCCUUCACUCUGGGAAGGUCUUUCUCUAAAGACUCCGGAGCCAUCUCCUUGGAAUGCAGACAUCAGCGGAGAUGGCAUCUCUAUCAGUUUCUGUGGGAAGAUAGGAGCCUCACUUUGGUGGGCACCUGGCUCCAAGUUGCAAAACUGAAGACUAACAAAGGAAGCCUUGUUAAUUUACAACGGAGCUGGGAGGCUGGAAGGUAGAGCUCAUGGGGCCACUCCAAGUCAAUCACAGGAAGAAUCGUGAAUUCCAGGCCCCGACAGGGAAAGAUGGACCCUGCAUCCCCUGUAAGAAAUCAACCAUCCCUGCAACUCAGCCGAUGAGAAACUGCCAUAAUCUUGAACUGUUGCUUUCCUCCAGCAGAAUUUGUUCAACCCUCCCAACUCACUCCUCCAUAAAAUAACUCUUCUCUUUGUUUGUUGCAUUUGCCUAUGGUUUCACUGUAGUUUGUGUGUCUCUGCGUACAAUUCUGUGCUAUUUCCAAAUAAAACGUUUUUGUGGGUAAAAUAACUGACUUUUAUUUUUAAGGCUAACACCACUUUCUACCCUCAAGAAAUGAGAUGUUUGUAUUCCUUUAUAGAAAACUAAUGUAGGGGCAGAUAGCCACACCCCAAUUACCAGGUAAAUUUAGGCCCAACUAUGUGUAACAAAUGGUGCUAUUAUGUUUUCUAACUUGAGGACUAAUUAUUGUCUAUGUUGAAGAUAUGUAAUGGGAAACACUGGGAGAGCCAGUGUCUGCUUGGCUUUAUGAAAUGGUAUCUUUCUCACUUUCCAUCUCUUGGCAAUUAUCUGUGAUAUGGCAUCACAUUC